AUAGUGAUCUCACGGGACUCUACGCCACUCACAGCAAACCCAUCGUUAAGUGUGGCCAUCACCUGACAAGACAUUUCCACAUGGAUUCCAUGGCGUCUCCGAGUGUGAGCAGUGGCGGUAGCACAAUGCCUUCCUCCACGGCGGUCCCCAGUGUGGGGGCUCUACCUCCACCUGCAGCCCUGAGGGACUUGUACGCUUCGGUGGGAGGUUCGGGACAUCCCUUGGCGUCCCUCGUGUCCCAACAGAGAUUGCUAGAGCUUUCCCGCUUCGGACUCCGACAUUAUGACCUCGCACAGCACAUGCUGACGCAACAGGGCGCCGUCACAAAGCUGCUCGGGACUCUGCGACCUCCGGGGCUCAUCGGGGGGAGCAAACCAAAAGUGGCAACCCCUGCCGUCGUGUCCAAAAUCGAGCAGUACAAGAGGGAGAAUCCCACCAUCUUCGCCUGGGAGAUCAGAGAGCGACUCAUCUCAGAAGGGGUGUGUACGAACGCCACGGCGCCGUCAGUGAGCAGUAUCAACAGAAUCCUGCGCAACAGGGCCGCUGAGCGCGCGGCGGCCGAGUUCGCACGAGCGGCUGGCUACGGGCUCUACCAUCCUCACCCGUACGCCGCCUUCCCGUGGCACCCCGCUCACCUCUGGUCCGCGCCAGCUCUCGGCCUCGCACCGGGCAACUCGGCAUCUAGUUCCGCGGCUGCUGCGGCCAUGACGGCCGGGACAUCGCCGGCAUCCUCAGCAUCCCCGUCGUCCAUCGGGCACCAACACGAGGGAUCCGGUAUCUCGGCCUCAGACCUUAUGGUACCACGACUCAUCGAUGUCGACGGAAAGGACGACGCGGGUAGCUUAGACGGCUCGGACCAGCCCAAGUUUCGACGGAACCGGACAACAUUUAGUCCAGACCAACUGGAGGAACUGGAGAAAGAGUUUGAGAAGAGCCACUACCCGUGUGUCAGCACCAGGGAACGCCUGGCGUCGAAGACCAGUCUCUCGGAGGCCAGAGUGCAGGUUUGGUUUUCCAACAGACGUGCAAAAUGGAGACGUCAUCAGCGCAUGAAUCUCCUAAAACGCUCUUCACCUCCCCCGCAACCCUCGCAACAACAAACAACCCCACCUCGACCCUCUGCACCAUACGGAGACCACAGUAUCACCACCAGCACCACUUCCAACAUCACCUGCACAACCACCACUCCUGGCUCUCCGGGGGCCGCUUCCAUCCCUGGCUCUCCACAACCCUCCACCCUUUGCAACAAUACUACUCUAGUACGUCACCAUCAUCAUCUGCAUUCAGCAGCCUCCGGAGUGGGGCUGAGUCAGACGACGCAGCUUCUGCUACAGAUGGGCGGCGAAAAUAGCGCGUUCAAAUCUCUGCCUAACCACCGGAUGAUGCUGGCCGCCUCGACGGCUCACUCUGCUGCAUACGGAGAGUGUGAGGGGUCAGGCACGUUUAAGAAGGGGCAAAGGUCAUAG